GUUUGGUUUAAUUUCUUGGACAGCGUCAAAGCUUGGUACAUCUGAAGGAGCAACGGCAUCACUGUGAUGUUGAUGAUGAUCAUAGUUGCGCUCAUCACUGCCAUAUUGGUGGGGUUCUGCGUUGGCGUAAUCAAUGGAAGGCGACGGAGGAAGAGAGCGGUGGGGUUCUUCCAUCCGUACACGAACGACGGUGGCGGCGGCGAAAGGGUGCUAUGGUGCGCCGUAAGAGGAAUUCAGGAUGAGAACCCUAACCUACACUGCUAUGUCUACACCGGAGAUCACGAUGCUACCCCUCACUCCUUGAUGGCUCGUGCCCUCGAUCGCUUUGGAGUCACCCUUCUCUCUCCUCCUAAGGUGGUGCAUUUGUACAAGAGAAAUUGGAUAGAAGAAGCCACAUAUCCGCACUUAACGAUGAUUGGUCAAAGUUUGGGUUCAAUGUAUCUUGCUUGGGAAGCGUUGUACAAGUUUACCCCUUUGUAUUACUUUGAUACGAGUGGAUAUGCUUUUACGUAUCCACUUGCUCGGUUGUUUGGAUGCAAAGUUAUUUGCUAUACACACUAUCCUACUAUCAGCUCAGACAUGUUAUCUCGUGUUCGUCAACGCAAUUUGAUGUAUAAUAAUGAUACCUUAAUUGCAAAAAGUGCUUGGCUUUCUAGGUGCAAAAUAAUCUAUUAUACAUUCUUCAGCUACUUGUAUGGGAUUGUAGGAUCUUUUACACACCUAGCUAUGGUCAAUUCAUCUUGGACCAAAUCCCAUAUUGAAAAGCUCUGGAGAGUUCCAGAUCGUAUAAAGCGAGUCUAUCCUCCAUGUGAUACUUCAGGACUCCAGGUACUUUCCUUGGAAAGAUCAGCUGAAAUUCCUAUAAUGAUAUCUGUUGCACAAUUUCGACCAGAGAAGGCUCACACUCUCCAACUAGAGGCUUUUUCAGCUGCCGUUAAGAGAUUAGAUCCUAGCUUGCCAAAACCUAAGUUCCAAAUUGUGGGUAGCUGUAGAAAUAAAUCAGAUGAGGAAAGACUUCAAAUGUUAAAAAAGAAAGCAAUCGAGCUGAAUGUCAAUGAGCUCGUGGAAUUUUACAAGAAUGUAACAUACAAAGAUUUAGUCGGACUUCUAGCAGGAGCUGUUGCUGGCAUCCAUUCCAUGACAGAUGAGCAUUUUGGCAUUAGUGUUGUAGAAUACAUGGCUGCUGGUGCCAUCCCAAUUGCUCAUAAUUCUGCUGGCCCAAAAAUGGACAUUGUCUUAGAUGAAGAGGGACAGCAAACAGGAUUUCUUGCUUGUACUGUUGAAGAAUAUGCAGAUGCCAUGUUGAGAAUUGUAAGGAUGCCAAAAGCAGAGAGACUUAAGAUGGCUGCUGCUGCCAGGAGACGAGCAAGGAGAUUUUCCGAGCAGAGGUUUUAUGAUGACUUCAAAGCUGUGCUGCGGCCUAUUCUGUGUCAUAUUUCCGGGGAUGGUCUGCAAACUAAUUAGCAUGAUUGUAACUUCAAAAUAUAGACCAAGAAUUUUGUUACAGAAAUAGGUGUACUUCAAAAUAAAACAUUACCAUUUCUUAGUUGAUGUAU